GACACUUUGCUCAAUCUGGUCCGUGUGCUACACACCCAAUCUCGCUCGCACACCAGGCACCGCACAACCCUAGCUCCCACUUUCCCCUCGAUCCACUGCCCCUCCCUCCUCCCCGCUUGUCACCAGGGCCUCGGCAUCGCCUACUCCUCCUCCACCACCAUUGCUUAUUCCCCACCUCAACUUCCCUCUCUCCGUUGUUUAUCCGGUCAUCGGCGGUGCCUGGAUCCAGAUUUGGCGCAAGUAAGGCCUGGUGGUGGGGCGAAGGGGCACUGGAGGUAGGCGGACAUGACAAGCAGCUGUCGGCCCGUCGCGGGUGAGGCUCCAAGAGGGAAGAGGCGGGGACGGGAGGCUCAAUGGAAGAGGGAAGAUGGAUGAGGCGGGGACAGGUGAAGCAGCAGGCUGGUCCUCGUGGAGGCGGCGCUGCCGGCCAGGGGCCAUUCGCGGUUUUUAUCUGCUGCCUUCUUACUCCGGGGCAUGCCAAGGAAGAACUCACGCACACCAGCCAAGGAGGAGCCAUGAUGUGUGUGAGGUAGAGGUGGAUCAUUGGAGGUGAAGCAGGUCUCCUGGAUGCGUGCUUCAUCUGAGUUUCACGGGGUACUUAAGCAAUGGUUGCCCCCGCCACAUCACAUACCAUGUGAGAUCAACGAGGACAAUGAUAGUUGAGUUCUGACGAGAGUUAAACAAAUAGUUCACUAACAUUGAUAAUGAUUGGGUAAUUCCAUUCUAUGCUCAGAUUAUAAGAAAGAGGAAUUUUGUAAGUCAGACAUCGAUUGCUCACCUUUGAAGGUUACAAAUUCAAGUGCUAGGCUUUAAGGAUGAAGCAAAUCCCAAUCUAGAAACAUGUGUCGUGCACCAUAUAUUUGUCACCAGAAACGAAUGUGCAGGCGACAGCCAUUUGAUUAGUGUUAUAUCCAACUAAGGCUAGCUGACUUCAGUUUGAUUAUAAAUUCAUCUACAGCAGCACAGACAGGUAAAAAUGUUUUUUUCUUGUUUUAUAGUUUUAUGUCAAAGUUUUCUUUUACCUUAACUUUUCAAUUGUACUCUGCUUUGUAGGUUCUGAUCAUACCGAUUUAGUGAUUUACUACAGUUUGAUUGCCGAUUCAUAUUUUAUUCUUUUAUAUUAUGCAGCUUUCUCUGUGUACUGUUGGGAUAAAUUCCAUGAACUAUGUAUCUUGUUUAAAUGGCUAGGAUUUGAGAUUGUUUGAAUCCAUCAUGACACAAUAUUCUGACCAUCAACUAGGGUGCUCAAUGCACAAUAGAUAGCUUUUGGUUGUCACCAUUAGGACACUUUGAGGUUUUUAAUAGCUGAAAUAUGCCAACUGCAGAGCAACAUGGUAGUUACAAUGGUUCCAUGUCCUAAUUAGUUAUUUUAUUUUGUUUUGCAGGCGUAUUAUCUUGGAGGUUCUUUCUUAUUUUUACUAUAGAUCAAGUUUCUUUGUUUCCUUUCUAGCUACCUCUGCUGCAUUUGUUUUAUAUAUCCUAUAUGCUUUAAAUAUCCUAUAUGCUAUCAUGAUCCUUGCUUCAGUGAUCAUGUUGAUUCUCCAGAUUUGGUCGGGUGUUGUGUUUUUUUCGUCCUUGUGCGCUUUUAUUGAUGUGCUCUGGCUCUGUGACUGUGAUGAUGCACAGGCAAUGGCAGCAUGGGUGGCAUGAGAGGAAGGAUGGGAAUCAGCUACUUGCAUUCGCAUGGAGGAGGCAACAUCGAUGCGAUGGCACGACAGAGGAGGUUGGGCUCGUUGUGGAGCUUCUUGAGGCAGCAGGACGUCGGCGAGAGCAUCGCUGCCGGCAACGGCUCGAGAGACCUCUUGAGGAUCUUCUCCAUGAGCACCUGGGACGACACCAACUCCAACAUCAUGUUCUCAGCGCCCGACAGCAAGAAGGCCGAGGUGCUCGGCGACAGCAAUGUCUGCAUGGUCACCAGCUUCAGCAACAUCGACGCCCAGAUUCAGUUAUCCCUCUCGAGUUGGACAUGCCCAGCAUGGACGACUACCUGCAGCUGCAGUAGGACUCCGCCGACUGCAGAGUCCACGCCAAGCGUGGCUGCACAACUGACCCAUAGAACAUCGCUUGGGAGGGAAAGAAGAACAAGGAUCAAUAAGAGGCUAAGGAGGCUGCAAGACCUCAUUCCCUACAUGGACAAGGUCACAAGGAUAUUCUGUGUCCCAAGCCCUAUAGAAUAAUGUCCAGUCUAAUUUCAGCAGUGGGCAUGACAGCCUCAUACUUCUCUCUUCAAUAUUGAAGAAGCGGCUUACUCGGAUCAAUGGGCAUGCACUUAGAAAAAUAGCUAAAGUGUACGAGAUAUUCCUAGAGUAAAUAAAGGGCAUGGUGUGCUCAUAAGUUAGACAGAAGCAAAAUGUUAUUUAUUAUGCUCCUGAUGUAUCCUCAGACAUUUUCUUCCACCUACCAAUACCUCAGUAUUGAAUAUCUACUUUCCCAUCGUCGUAAACUGAUGUUAGUAUUUGUGCAUACUCUUUA